CGUCUCCAAAUGAACCUCAAGCUGGACAAUGACAAGGGCACCGCAAGCGUGGAAAGAGUGAUGGAUCAAUGUGGCAUUUUUCAAGCUGGUCCUGGAUUAAACCAAGGAGAAAUGGAGUGUCCUGCGCGCGGUUUCUGGAUCUACAACUUCAAACCGGUCAUUGCGCCAAAUUGUUCGAGCACCGUCGAGUCAAUGAAGCAAUUUCCAUCCAAAAGUCGACGGCGUUACACCCUGGGGCUUGAGGCUAUCUUCAAUUCGAUUCUUCUUGACGAAUGUCACAGAGAGUCGAUCGUCACCAACUCGCUACCACCAAUUCACUUUGAUAGCAUCGACCAUCUAUUUAAUCUCCCCAGCGCCCCUGCUCGAGACGCAGUCCAACACGUGCAGUCAUACAACUGUACCACUCGGCCGGUUCGUUCCGCGCAUACUUUCCCCUCUUCAUCAUCAUGCCGUGCUUCUGGGGCUCGAUGUGGAGGAUGGUCGGGUGUCACAGAGUCGGCUGAACACUGCAGCGAAGGAGUCUAGACCCUACCACCACGACCCUUGAUGUCUGUGUAGGGACCGACAAUACACCAGUACGCUCUUUACUGUACAUACUUUUACGCACCGACUGAACACACCAUGUCUCACGAUAACCCAAUCUCAUUGCGACCGUCGAGCUUCCCGGACACUCGGCAACCACCAAGCCCGACCCAUCACUAGCAGUCGGUCACAGCAGAAGACAGACAACGAGCUCAAUACAGUAGUGUUUGGGAUUGGCCGAAUCCGUCACUUUUCCUUUCACACACUUGUCACCGCUUGUAGCAGCUUCAAGUUACUAGCCCUAUCACCACCCC